AUGGCGAGCAAUGAAGAGUGUAUUUUGGUCACUGGAGGAUCCGGCUUUGUAGGUACCCAGUGCAUUAUCCACUGCUUGACUGCAGGCUACCGAGUGAAAACGACAGUACGGUCGCUAGACCGUAAAGAAAGCGUUCUACGCACACUUCAAGCUGCAGGUGCUCCAAAGCCGGAAAGCGUCUCAUUUGUGGAGGCCGAUCUUACCAAGGACGAUGGCUGGAAAGAAGCGGUCCAAGAUUGCAGUUAUGUCCUCCACGUUGCUUCCCCCUUUCCAACCGAGGCACCAAAGCACGAGAACGAUCUGAUCAUUCCCGCCCGGGAUGGUACGCUCCGUGUAUUACGGGCGGCCAGAGAUGCUGGAGUGAAGCGUGUUGUUAUCACAUCGUCCUUUGCCGCAAUGGGCCAUGGUCAUCGCAACCGGGACCCGACGAAACCGUUUACCGAAGAAGAUUGGACUGACGUUAAUGGGCCAGGAGUAGGGGCUUACGAGAAGAGCAAGACAUUGGCCGAGCGCGCCGCAUGGGACUUCAUCGAGAAAGAAGGGGGCAGUCUGGAACUGUCUGUCGUGAAUCCGGUCAGUAUAAUGGGGCCUGUUCUGGGCUCAGAUACAUCUACUUCCAUCGAAGUCGCCAUUCGGAUGCUGAAUGGUGCGGUGCCGGGAUGCCCCAAUAUCGAGUUCGGCAUCGUCGAUGUUCGAGAUGUGGCGGAUCUACAUCUGCUCGCUAUGACCCAUCCCAAGGCUAAAGGGGAACGAUUUUUGUGUAUGGCACCGCCAGCAAUGUCAAUCAAGGACAUGGCUUUGACUUUCCACGAAAGGCUGGGUCCGAAAGCAAGAAAGGUGCCGACAAGAACUAUCCCAAACUUCGUGUUGAGGUUUCUUGGGCUGUUUGACUCUGGAAUCGCUCUGGUCGUUCCUUUUCUGGGUGAAUCUCGUCCUGGCUCGAAUGAGAAGGCUAGAACGCUACUCGGCUGGAACCCCCGCUCGAAUGCUGAUGCAGUGACUGCCUCUGCAGAAAGUCUGAUUCAGCUUGGUCUGGUGAAAGUAUGA